UUUAGGACAAGUGAGUGGGUCAUGUGACUUUCCUUCAGCGAAUCAGUCAUCAAGCAAUGAAGUUCUGUGUGUAUCUAGCUGUAUUUAUUCUAGGCCUUCCUGUGACCUAUCACAUGCCCAUGCUAGCAUCGGUUACUGUUGAUGUGAAUGAAAAUGAAGUCACUUGCACCUAUCUUAACAGAGACGAUAAUUCUCGAUUGAGUUAUUUGAUAAUUAAAUUUGACAACAUGACUUGUGACGUCCUCAACUCAGCCAAUGAUUGCCUAGAAACACUUAAAGCUAAAGGAGUUAUUCAAAUCACAGAUAGUUAUCCCUGUACAAGAGUUUCUGGUAGUGAUCAGGUACAUUGCUUGAUUGAUCUCGCUCGUGUUAAAAAAGUCUGCUGCCGACUGGAUUCUCAAAUAAUAUGCUCCCCUACCCCUAUGUUGUCACCAGCAACUACGCUAUUACCAGCUGGCUCAACCUCAACAACAGACACAGGCGAAACAAUCACUAAAUCUACUAAUGAAUGGUCUUCUGGGAAAGUGGCUGGCGUAGUGAUUGCCCUGGUUGUCCCAGGGCUAGUUCUGAUCCUGAUUACUGUCGUUUGCUGCUGGCAAAGAUUUAGGAACAGUUGUACAGCAGCCUGCCAGACAGUUUGCCGGCGAAGAUUUGGAAACAGUCGUACAGCAGCAGUUGUAGUGAACCAAGACGGACAAGUACCCACCCCUGUAGCGAACCAAGAUGAACAAGUACCCCCCCAACCUAAUGAUGGCACCAUUACUGAGCAAGGCACCGAGGAAACUCCUUCACGCAUAGGUCCGCCAUCGACAGCAAUUUAUCGUGAAUUAAACGAAGGCAAUAGUGACGAAGGCAAUAGUGAAACCAUACAACAAACAGUACCCUUUCAUGAAAAUACGUCUGCAGUCAGUCAGUCAGUCAUGUUUGAGCCUGAAGGGAAUGACAGUAAGCCCGAAAUACGCAAGGAAGAAAACAACGCGUUGACGGAGGAUAUACAAGAAACCAAUGCUGCUGCACCCGACCAAUUGUUUAUUUACAACCAACCACAUAAGAAGGAAGAGGAAGAGAGCAUAUUAAUUAAUAGUUCAUGCCUGGUACUUUUGAAAGAACCAGAACAAUGUGAACAAGAAUCAGAAGCUUAAGGAUGAGACUGCAAUUGGAAUGGAAUCAAUUAAUAUCUGUCGACUAUAGCAUCCAUUAUUUGUAUUUAGUUACUAGUAGCCCAGAAUCAAGCAAUCUGAUUGGUCAGUACAGGGUUUAUAUUUCCCAUAUUAACCUGUAAAUUCUCAUAUAAACCUGUAAUUUUCAUGUUCACAACAACCAUUCAUUAUUAAUUUUUGUGUUUUUCAAACAUGUUUUUUGUAGAUUGUAUUAUAAAAAACAAUGAGAAGUAACUGUUCUGUUUUUGGUAAUGACAAAAAAUUAUAAUGUUCAGUCGC